GUUUUUUUUUUUUUUUUUGUUGCAUGAAAUUGUGCAAACUUUAUAAAAGCAAAGUUUAAAAAGAUGCAACCAGUUAUUUUUGGUUUUUCUUUUUUUUUUUUUUUAUAUAUUUAGGAUGAGCAGGGGCAAAGCAUGAAGGAAAUUUAGGAAUCUAGGCAAAUACAGAGCUCCUUUGUUUUUAAUUAGCUGCAUUGUUUUUAAUUGCUACUAUGCUUGAUACAUAACCCAGCCUAAACAAGAAUAGCUUAUUGAAUGGGGGACUGACUAUGAAAGGCACUGUGAGGAGAAGGGCUGUUCUUCACAGUUGAUAUAUUUGUAUUUCAGUGCUUCAUUUAAUAAGUCUGUUUCCCCGGGGGGCUGUAGCAAGUAAAUCAUGCCAACAGAUUGUUCUCUGCAAACUGGCUUAUUUUUGUAAUUAGCAAGACGUUAAAGCUGUAACUGCAUAGAAAGCGAUCUGGGUAAGGAGAGCGAACAUAAAAGAAUUAGUAAGCAAAACGUAAUACUUACUGUUUGAUAACAUUUGUGUUGAUUGAAUUGGUUUCUGGACAGUUUGUUGUCUGGGAUAGUUGUUUUUUCUCCAGUGUUGUAAAAUGUGAGAGUAAUUCAGCAGUGUUCACAGUGAGCAUAGUAAGGUGUGGUAUUUUGGGGGGAGCACUUUUUGGGAAUCACAUCUGCAUGGCCAAGUGGAUCUGGUGGAGGAGCCUUGUUGGCGGGGGGGGGCUAAAGCCAUUCUGUCCAUCAUCAGAAACUGCCAUUAUUUCCUGGGCUUCAUUUUGCUUUCCUCCUUUGUCUUCCAGUUAUAUGAAAAAAUACGGCGUCAACAUGAGCGGAGUAUUGAAAAGGAAGUAUGAGCUGGGGGCUGACAGUACCUACUGCUCCUCCUCCUCCUUCCCCCUCUCCUCCUCAGCAUCCUCAGGCUGGGAGACUGACGAGGAGAGCUCCCGUGGAGAGCCCAAGCCCAGCUCUGCCUUAACAUCCAGCUUCACCCCCACGUCUAUCCUGAAGAAAUCCAAGCGACUAAAGAAGAACAAUGUGGAGUUUGACCGGGUCACUGUGUUUUACUUCCCACGCUGCCAGGGGUUCACGAGCGUGCCUAGUCGUGGGGGCUGUACCCUGGGUAUGGUGAGCAAACACAGCUCCUCCCGGCAGUUCACGCUGGCGGAGUUUUCAAAGGAGCAGGAAAACGUUCGUCGGGGGAAACUUGAAGAGAAAUUAAAAGAGGAGAAGUUGGAAGCGUUGAAAUGGAAACUCACCAUGAAUGGCACAAAGGAGUCGCAGGAGGCCAACCAGCUCACCAUCGAUGACAUCUCCGACGAUGACAUCGACGUCAGCAACGUGGCGGAGGAUGGGUUCUUCCUGCAGCCCUACCCUGCCAAGAAGAGACGUUUGCACUGGCUGAAGGCCGUGGGGGUGAAGAAGAUCGACAAGGAGGAGAAGCGGGGAGCUGCACACACAUUCCGCCGUCCCGGGAGGGACUGUGGCUGCGACUGCCGGGAGGUCUGCGACCCGGAGACCUGCAGCUGCAGCUUGGCAGGCAUUAAGUGUCAGAUGGAUCACACCUCCUUUCCUGCGGCUGCACCAAGGAUGGCCUGUGGCAACACCGAGGGCAGGAUCGAGUUCAACCAGGCCCGUGUGCAGACACACUUCAUCCACACCAUCAUGAAACUGGAGCUGGAGAAGCAGCAGCAGAGCAGUGAGAAGGUUUUGGAAGCUGAGCCCCCUUUCCGGGAGCGGCUCCCGCCUCUGGGAUGCACGGCAGGGAAGGGCUCCUUGGAGGAGCGCGCAGUGCCGCUGGCACCUGCCUUCCAGUUCAAGCCCUGACCUGGAGGCCCUGGGGGAGAACAGCGCAGCAGUGACAUGACGGACUCCUCCAUCUCCUCCCACCCCAGUGAAGACCUGGAGGAGCCCUACGAGAGUCUCCCCUCCGACAAAUCCCAGUCGGACGUGGAUGACGAUGGCUUGGCGCGCAUCCUUCACUUCAACGACUCGGAUGCUGGGGAGGGUGGCCAUGGCCAGGAUGACCUCAGCUGCUUCCACCCUGCUGACUUCUUCAUUGAGGACCAUGGCAGUGAGGCCAAGCCUGUCCCUGGCCACUUGUCCCACCUCUCGGAGUGCCUGGACGAGAAUGCCAACCAGGACAGUGGAGGUUUGCUGGAGGAUGCUGCCCACGCGCGGUGCGAUGGGCUCUCCUGCUGCGCCUCAUCCCCCACCGAGCCCUGCUCCAAGAGCUAUGCCGACCUCAGCCUUUCCUCUGACUCCUUGGAUUUCUUCCAGUCCUUCUCGGACUAUAACUUGGGACCACUUUACAACUCCUUAAAGGAGUACGAGAACCUCGAUAACUUCUCAGCGUUACAGUUUCAGUUGCCUAAUUUCCCAGGCUUCCCGCAAGCUGGAGAUCAGGGCUCCUGUUUCUUGGAGUCCCUCAUUGGUUUGUCUGAAUCCGUACCUGAAACCCCGGCCCCUUUCACAGACAAUCCUUUGGAGGAUGCCAUCAAGUCAUCGCUGAUGGAGACGGUGAAAGUGUGAGACACCUGUGUGUCUCAGGCAACAAGGACUGGAGCCGAAAGGAAAAUGGAAGAACAGUUGGAUGGGCAAACUUUCACCAGAAGGAUAACAAUGUGCUACUCAAAUAUAAGGAGGAACCAACCAACAACAACGAAAGACUUUCUAAGCAGAUAAACUAUUUUUGGUCUUUAUAGAACGUGGACGUUUUGACAUACUGCAGCUACAAUCAGUUCUCUCGCUGUUUGUGCAAAAAUUUCUAAACUCUCGUGAUGGGAUGGGGAGGGGAGGGAGGGGAAAAAGACUUUCACAUAAGAAUUUCCUUGUGUUUUGUAUGAAAAGACCCGUUGAGAAAUACUCCUCGCUAACGUUGCCAGUCGUACACACAGCCCCUUCUAGAAACAUUUCAGUGUUGCAGGAACUUUUUAAGACAACUUUUUGAAGCUGUACUUUAUUGUGAAAAUUGUGGUUUGCGUAAGAGUCAGCCCAACCUGCUCUUGCGUUUAAAUCGGACGAGGUUUACAGAAGAGAUCCAUACACUAUAUACAUAAUCAUUCUUCAUCUAUUUAUUGCAAAUUCCAGAAUUUAACUAGCCACCGAAGCUUGAACUAGCAUGAAACCUUAUUUAAAUUGGUAAUACCUCAGAUGUAUUAUGUGUACAAUCAUAUUUUUUUGCAUAAUAUAUCUGUAUUUAUUUAUUUUCUACCUGUAGUACGUGAAUAGCACUGUGGUUUGUCGAUGACCUGGAAGGGCAAUAAGGUCUUCAACAGGAAGAUGACCCUGGUUUUUCUGAGUCUGAAUGAUGUUGACUGUUUGGUCUUCACUUCACAUUUCUAAAAAUGCUGAACACAAGUGGGUGGGAGGGCAGGGAUGAGGGAAGCGUUUGUGCAACAUUCCUUGGUUUCUCUCAGCCCUCAGAUGGUGUCUGGUCUCCGUAAUAUCCCUGUGGAGAGCAAAACAAGCAAAACCUUCAGCUAUUUAAGAAAUAACAAGAACUAGCUCAAAACGAAACAAAACCCAACCCCUUUUUGUAAAUAUUUUAUAAUUUAUUUGGUUUCCUGAGGAUUUGGCCAUGAGAUCUUUCCCCAUCAGUUAUGGUGCCUGAAUAUGCAGAGGAACUGUUAGCAGCGGUGGGGAGGUGUAAAGAUAAGGACCUUUGCAGCCCUCGGGGGGGCUUUGGGAGAGCAAGCCAAAACAGCAACACUGUGCUCAAGCUCCUCAGCAAGUGCUCCUUAGGACUCCCAAACACCAAGGAUAUCACAGCUCCAAAAUCCAGUGGAUCAGGCUGAUUGUACUAAUUUUUUAUGGAGGUGAAUCAGGUGAUUUAAGUAAAACAGAUGGAUAUGAAGUUUACUGGGUUAUUUAUCUUUUGAGUACGGUUUUUGAGGGAAGAAAGAACAAUACCUGAAGACAAAGCUGAAAAACUAAAGGCUUUUGGUUUUUAAAUGAGAUAAAUGAUCCUGUAUAGGAAGGAUACUGGAGGCUGCCUUGGCCUUUUGCUGUUUAAAUCAGUUUGAGAACAAGACACUAUUUGGCCACAAGAUGUAACUGGACAUAAAAUCUGUACGUCAGUGAUACACUAAGUGCCUACACCAGUGGUAUGGAAAAAACAAAACGGAUUUAAAACCUAUCGGCUUUAAAUUCCCCCUUGGAAAAUUUGUUGAUGGGAGUGAUUCCUGGCAUUACCAGCACAGGGGGAGGACACAGCUCUGGUGUCCCAGCCCCAGCCCCGGGAGCAGCUGGAAGGAACUCCCGGGGGUGCAGAGACACACGGUGAAAUAACCCCAAAAUAUGGAUUCGAGGAUUUUUUCUAUUGGCUGAACUGUUCCUAUCCCCGACGACAGGGAUGGUUGCUCUUGGGUACCUGCUCAUCCACAGGUGCCUCACACAACCUGCGGGCAGUUUAGGAAACUUCUGGCGUACGGAAUACGGCGAAGGCUGGGUUGCUUGGGGUUUUUUUUUAAUCGUUGUUAUUCCUAUUUAAUUGUACAUCUUCUCUGGAAUUGAGCCGGUCAACUCGGAAGCGGAGCCACGUCCUCGCCCCGCGCUCGCUGCCCCAUCCUCCCGCAAAGCAUCGCCCCUGGGGACCCCCCCGCCGGGCAGGAGGGCGACUGUAGGAAUACUACUGGCAGAUGGAGGAUUUCCUGGAUAUAUAUAUAUAUAUUAUUAUAAUUAUUAUUAUUAUUGUUAUUAUUAUUAUUAUUAUUUUGUUGUCGUCAUCGUUUCUUUUAGACUGUAAAAUCCCCUCUUCAGUUAUCUCCCUAGGUGGUAGUUUCUAUCCUUCAAGACUGCAUCAGAAAUACUGACAGUUGAAAGUCUGGUACCGUUCUGUAUUUAUUGGCACUAAUAUAUUUUAUAACAUUCCUAGGUUUCUCUGCAUAUAUAUAUUUAUAUAUAAAAUAUAUACACGUAUUUUAUAUAUAUAAUAUCACACUUUUUUUUUUAAAUGAAUGAUUGGGAUGACUCCUGCCUUUGUGGAUUUUUUUUCAAUAAUUUAUUCUUUUAUUUGUAUUGGUGCCAAAAAGAAAGAAAAAGAUUUUUUUUUCUCUUUUUUUUUUUUUUUUUCCCCAGGGCACUGAAUUGUAAAUAUAUAAUUUUUUUUUCUUCUUGGUAUCUGUGUAAAAAGUCGCCUGUUAAACAGUUUAAAAACUGGGUAUUUAUUGACACAAUCUGUAAUUAUCUAAUGUAUUGUUGAAACACUUUGGUUUCAACAUAGCUUUAUUUAGCUUUCUUUGUGUAUAUAUUGUGAUUAUGUUGCUUAAAGGUACAAGUUAAAAAAAAUGCUUAUUUUUACCUUAUCCAUUUGCAUUUGUUUAUAAAAAAGCAUAUUUGUCUACAGCUGCUGUCUCUCAUUUCAUCAAAGCAAUAUGAAGAAAUUUCCAUUACACUUUCAAUAAAAGAAUUUUGUUUGAA